UUGCCGAGAGUCUGCUAGUUGUCGGCGUACAGUUAGUUUUUCACGAGCAACGUUCUGCCUUUAUGAGGAUUUAUUUCUGCCUUACGGAAUGUUCCGCCACUUUCAGUACUACUAAGAAGAUUCGAGGCAUUACUUCGGUGCUUUUCGUCUGGUUACUAAUGGUUCGAAACUGCCAAGCAGCCGCCCAGGGACGAGGGCAGCGUGCCGAGUUCAGGGGCUAGCCGGCCGACCGUCCCACCUGUGAGGGGUUGCUGGCUUCCCUGGGUGCUGGGAUGCUACGGAAGAGCAGCAGCAGCAGCAGCACCAGCAGUAUCGGCGCAUUCCCCGGGACCAAGCAUGUCCUGGAGCCUCCACGGCGUGCCUCCCAGCCCAAAGAACCCCUGUCGCCCAGAUUUACCAAGACUUUGACGAUGGGCCGCAGCACCAGGCCCCCCAACCCGCUGAGCAACAUGGGGCUCUCUGCCCGCCUCAUGGGGGCCCCGGGUGUGGACGCUGACUACGUUUUGCAGCUGGUGAAUGACGUGAGGUGGUUUGCCGAUGUGCUUUUGAGCCUAAAGGAGGCUUUCAAACAGAAAGACAACCUGGAGGGUCUUCAGGCGGUGGUGCAGGAGCGCCUGGCAGAGCUCCUCCGUGUCCUCAAGACGGUCAUCGGCAAACACCGGACGCUCAACUCGGCCGACAUCCUCGGAGCUGCUGGCACGGUCAUCGCUAAAGUCAAAGGCAUUAACUUCAAAGAAGUAACUCCGGAAAGCAGACAGGCUAUAUUCAGCGACAUACACACAUCCAUCGACACUUUGGCAUUCACGUUCGGCAAUGUAGUUUCUGACUUCCUUAUGGGAGAUGUGGACGGCAGCUCAGGGUUGGGGAUCCCCCAGACCAGGAGGAGCAAGUCUUUUGACAACCUCUCCUUGGAUCCUGAGUGUUACGUUCCGGGGAACAAGGAUCUUGUUGGCCAGGAGGUGCAUCUGUCGAGAGAGGAGGAAGUCGACUUGACUCUGCAGAAGAAUGACAGCGGGGUUGAGUCCGCUCUACUCUACGCUAAGGCCUUGUCAAAGUACAUUAAAGACCUGCUGGGGUGUAUGGAGAAACGGCUCGCAAUGGAUAUUGAGUAUGCAAAAAGCUAUGCCAAAAUGGCUGAGUCUGCAAAGACGCUCGCCAGUCAGCAGGACUACAUGCCAUUCAGCGACAUCUACGUCUCCACGUUCAAGAACGAGAUGGAAUACAACCAGCUGCUCAUUCAGACCGCAGCGGCCCUUCAAACCAAUAAAUUCAUACAGCCUCUUCAGGCCCGCAAGAAUGAGCUGGACAAGUUGAGAAAGGACAUUAAGGAGCAGUGGCAGAGGGAGCAAAAGAAAAUGCAUGAGGUUGACACGACCCUGCGUAAGGCACGAGCUUUGAACGACCAGAGGAAAGAGGAGUACAAAAAGGCCCAGUCGUCUGCGAGCCGCUCCCAGGAGGAGCAGUCGAACGCUGGCAACAAACAGCUGGAGAAGAAGAGGAAGCUCGAAGAAGAGGCGAUGCAAAAGCAGGCCGAGGAGGCGCAGUACCAUUUCCAGAGCUGCAGGGCUGACGCCGGCGUCAGACGAAUGGAUCUGGCGAACGCCAAGGGCACCAUCCUCACCCAGAUCCGAGAGAUGAUCUUCCAGUGCGACCUCACGCUCAAAGCUGUGUCCGUGAACUGGUUUCAGAUGCAGCAGGUGCAGAGCGCCUCUCUCCCAGCCCACUACCAGGCCCUGAACGAGAGUGCCAAGCUGUACGAACCAGGUGGAUGCUACGCUAACUUUGUUCGCAACCUGCCGAAGAAUCUGCCCAAAGAGCACCUUCAGCCAGACCUCUUCUCUGACAAUUUCAGGACCGGGUUUAGCAAAAGGUCAAAGGGAAGCACCCAUUCCUCCCACGGCAACCUGUCCCAGGGCUCCAUCGCCUCCAGUGACGUUUUGAGCGGAGACGACGUGGACAAUCCCCUUCAGCGGCCCGCAAAGAUCAGCGAGCGAAGGUCCAACAGCAGCACAGACAUCCCAGCGCUGCGGAGCCAGGCGCCGCUGAGAGCCUGGGCCUCCAGUAGUCAGGGCAGCCAGGGCGGGAUGUGCAGCGACUCGGAGAGUGCUGGGGGCAGCAGCGAAUCAAGGUCCAUGGACUCCCCCACCGCCAGCCCAGGUGACUUCAAGCGGCGGCUACCCAGAACCCCCUCCACUGGCACCAUGUCUUCAGCCGACGACCUGGAUGAGCGGGAGCCUCUGUCUUCCUUUGACAAUGGUUUGGCAGAGAUGGGGACGGACACUUUGGGUUCUCCCGGUCCGUUCCGAAAUACUCAGAUGUCAAAAGCUGCUCAAACACACAAGCUGAGGAAACUACGAGCUCCGUCUAAGUGCAGAGAGUGUGACAGCCUGGUCGUUUUCCAUGGAGCCGAAUGUGAAGAGUGCUCCUUGGCAUGCCAUAAAAAAUGCCUGGAGACCCUCCCUAUCCAGUGCGGUCACAAAAAGCUGCAAGGCAGACUGCAGCUGUUUGGUAUCGACUUUGCCCAAGCAGCAAAAAACUGUGCAGAUGGUAUCCCCUUUAUCAUCAAAAAGUGCACCGCGGAAAUCGAAAGCAGAGCCCUCAACAUCAAGGGCAUCUAUCGCGUGAAUGGCGCCAAAUCCCGAGUGGAGAAGCUCUGUCAGGCAUUUGAAAACGGGAAGGACUUGGUUGAACUGUCUGAACUGUCACCUCACGACAUCAGCAACGUCCUGAAACUCUACCUGAGACAGUUGCCAGAACCAUUGAUCCAGUAUCGCUUCUACAACGACCUAAUCGGCCUGGCCAAAGAGUGUCAGCGGGUCAUAACGGAGGAGGCAGAGGAACCUCCGAGCAGCCAAACGCGAGAGAAAGGUGCGCCGAGCGUCCGGAUGAGCAAAACUAUUUCGAAGAUCAAAGAUCUGCUGUGCCAGCUCCCCAGCGCCAACUACAGGACCCUGCGUCACCUUAUCGCUCAUCUGAACAGAGUGAGUAAACAGGCUGACGAGAACAAGAUGACUGCCAGUAACCUGGGUAUCAUCUUCGGGCCCACGCUGGUCAAACCAAGACAGAUAGAUGCAGAGAUGUCCCUCUCCUCUCUGGUGGAUUACCCCUGCCAGGCGCUAAUGGUGGAGAUGUUGGUGCGACACUUUUAUAUGAUCUUCGAUGCAUCUACUCCGUCUGGUUCUGAAAUCACCACCAGUGCACAAGCGUCUCCCAGACUGACCCCACAGGAGAAGCUGCGGCAGCUCAGCAGACACUCCACCUCCCUAACGGACAUCAAGGAGGGCGCCAAAGUAUACAAGAGAUACUCCUCGGUAAUCCCAUCCUCCCACAUCCUGGAUGAGGUGCACGAGGUCCAACCCGGCCAGGACAGAACAGACGGCUCCUCCUCAGAGAAUCUCAACGGGCUGCAGACGGCGAGCGGACGCGAGGCCCAGAGGUCGGCCUUGGCGCCCAACCGGCCCGCCGCCGCCGUCUCUCACACCAGCACUUUGCCAGCGAAGGUUCAGCUGCGGAACCAGGGUGUUCGACACGCUUCGCGGCCGAUCAGCAUGCCGCUGGAGCGCCUUCUCGCGGCGCCUCAGAUUCUGGAGAGGAAUAACCGGAACAGGACGGAUGGAAGCGCCGCCCACAGGGAGGCGGAGACCAUACAGGAGAUCCCGGAGCCGGAGAAGGCUCGCCAAAGCGGGUCGUCCCGAAUAAGCGCCUAUUACAUUACGCCGUUUAUCGACACGCAGACUAUGCAGAGGAGGACGUGGGAUAAGAAGUACAAGCACUAUGACAUGACAUCCAGGACUGCUAUGAUAGUCGCCAACCUGCCGCCCACCAGCUCCGGGCUGCAGCCUGUGAAGGCCACGGUGCCCAUCACAGCCGGCGCCGCCGCCACCACCGCCGCCCCCUCCGUCAGCACCGUCAGCUCCAUAACCUCCAGCAACUCAAGCACGCUCACGCUCAAGUCCGUGUGGAGCGCUAAAAGGGAAACGGACUCCGCACCCGGCGGGUCCAGCGGCUCACCAAACGUUUCGCUAACACUCAGGGCUCCGCGGACUCUUCAGCCCCCACCGGGGACCUUCUACACGCCCCCGGCCUCCAGCAGCAGCAGCAGCAGCCGGCCGAGGACAAUUUCAAGCUGGACUACCACCACAGCCACCACCUCCCCGUCGCUCGCUUCCACCGACACGUCCCCGGCAGCCUCCCCUCCCCCAACCCUCGCGCUGCAGACCCUUCACCAGACGCAGGACUCCACAGACAGCGCCAUCGACCCCGGGGUCGGGACCUCCACCACCGCCUCGCCGACGCAGUCCCCCCCGCCCAGCAGCCCCGCCGAGGCCGCCGCCGUCUACCAGAGGCUGCGGCGGCUGCAGGAGGGCGAGCACCGGGAGGCUCACUUCGUCUGAAAGCCAAACGAACUUGUAGACGUGAACGUCUUCGUGCAACGUGUGGUGAACGGAGGAAAGUGCAGGCAAGGAACAAUAAACCAUGAAAGUGUUCAGAAGUGCUAAUAUAUUCCUUUCUACCUGUUAAAGACACGGUGCCAGCAGCAGUCGGUCAAAGUAAGCCAAACAAACGCGGAAGGUCUGGCAUCAGCGUCGGUGUUUACCAUCCAGCAUAUUUUUAAAACGACAGUAUAUCUGCCAUCAGCAUUUUUAUUUUAUUUUAUUUUUUCCUGUUGAAAACUGUUUGCCAGUCGGUUUUCUUCUUCAGUGUUUAAUCCGUGACCAAAGGACCCUUCACGUGUCGCACUUCAUGUCCCUUUUUAAUUUUUGUUUAUGGAAAAAAAUGUAUUAUAUGUCCGAAAGGGAACAGUUGAAAUAUUUUCAAUGCAGUUUUCUUAAUAUAAAUAUUGAAUUGUCUCUUUGUUCUGUAAAUGUGUCCCGCGUAUCCCGCCAUUGGUACAUCUCGUCUCAGCAUGUCCGCCUUACACGUACACGUCUGUUUGUAUAUCCACGCAGAGAUACUCGGCGUCCGUCGCCAUGAUUUUUUUGUACCGUGGCGUAAUUUUAUUCUAAAGUAAAAGAAAUGACAUGCAACAGUUUCCUGCUGCAAAUUAAAAGAAAAGUAUUUUUAAACUGA